CGGGGAUGGAUCUCCUUUUCUAACCAUGCGCACUUCUCUCUCUUUUGCGUCAGUUCUCGAUGUGUUUUUGCGCCAGGAUGAGCCGCUGUGUGCGUCUGUUGUUGUUGGUGGCUCAUUUGGGCGCGUUCUGGGGUCACUGCCGCAGGGACGUCCUGACAAACCACUGGGCCGUGCGGGUCCCGGGGGGGCCCCUCCAGGCGGACCGGGUGGCGCAGAAAUACGGAUACAGGAACCUUGGCCGGAUAGGAAGUCUGGAGGACUACUAUCACUUCCACCACAGCAGAGUGGUCAGGAGAGCGGCGUUCGUCUUCAGAGGGACACACAGCUUCAUCCACAUGGACCCUCAGGUGCAGUGGGCCCAGCAGCAGAAAGUAAAAAUCAGAGAGAAAAGAUCUAUUCAAAACGAUCCAAACUUUAACUUCAACGAUCCCAAAUGGUCCAGUAUGUGGUACAUCCACUGCAGUGACCAGGGCAGCCCAUGUCACUCUGAAAUGAACAUCCUGGGAGCGUGGAGGAGAGGAUACACCGGGAAAAACGUGGUCGUCACCAUUUUGGACGAUGGAAUUGAAAGAAACCACCCGGAUCUGGCCCCCAACUAUGACCAUUUGGCGAGUUAUGACGUGAACGGUAAUGACUACGACCCAACGCCUCGUUACGACUUCCACAAUGUGAACAUACACGGGACCCGAUGUGCUGGUGAAGUGGCUGCUGCUGCCAAUAACACGCACUGCAUUGUGGGAGUGGCUUUUAAUGCUCAUAUUGGAGGUAUCCGUAUGCUGGACGGAGAUGUGACUGACCUUGUAGAAGCGAAGUCUCUGGGUAUCCGUCCCGACUACAUCGACAUUUACAGCUCGAGCUGGGGCCCCAAAGACGACGGACGAACUGUGGACGGCCCUGGACCCCUGACCAGACAGGCCUUUGAGCAAGGCAUCAAGAAGGGCAGAAAAGGCCUGGGCUCUAUAUUCGUGUGGGCAUCUGGUAACGGCGGUCGUCAGCUGGAUCACUGCUCGUGCGACGGUUACACCAGCAGCAUCUACACCGUGUCCAUCUCCAGCACCACCGAACACGGCAACCGGCCCUGGUACCUGGAGCCCUGCAGCUCCAUCCUCGCCUCCACCUACAGCCGCGGGGAGCUCAACGACAGGAAGAUCGUGACCACAGACCUGCACCAGCGCUGCACUGAUGGACACACCGGGACCUCGGUCUCUGCUCCCAUCGUGGCCGGGAUCAUCGCUCUGGCUCUGGAGGCUAACCUUCUUCUGACCUGGAGAGACGUGCAGCACCUUCUCGUUCGAACAUCUCGUCCUCUCCACCUCAAAGCCGACGACUGGAAAACCAAUGGCGCCAGACUCAGAGUGAGUCACCUGUAUGGAUUUGGGCUGGUGGAUGCGGAGGCCAUGGUUUUAGAGGCCUCAAAAUGGAGGACGGUCCCACCACAGCACAUCUGCACCCACAAACGACUCAGACCAAACAGUUACAUCCACGCGGGUCAGACUCUGAACAGUUCCACCGUCUCGUCUGGAUGCUCUGACGAGGCCGAUCGGGAGGUGGUGUUUCUGGAGCACGUAGUGGUCAGUGUCCUGCUCACACAUCCACGACGGGGGGACCUCGAAAUCAGCCUGACCUCUCCAUCUGGAACCAGGUCGCAGCUGCUGGCCAGGAGGUUGUACGACAGCUCAAAUCAGGGCUUCAGAAACUGGGAGUUCAUGUCGGUUCAUUUUUGGGGUGAAAAGGCCAAAGGCUCGUGGACUCUGGAGAUCAGGGACUCUCCGUCAAAACUACGAAACACAGAGGUCCUGGGAAACCUCAAAGAGUGGUCACUGACUCUUUAUGGCACCUCCGAGGACCCCUACCUCCACCACUCCACAAAUCAGGACGUCCCAGGUCCUGAGGGGGCUAAAGAUGAGCUGGAUCUACAGGAGGAAGAGGGGGAGGAGGAGUACAUCGGCCCCUGUCACAGUGAGUGUGGAGAGCAGGGCUGUGAUGGACCUGAGGCUGAACACUGCCUGAACUGUGUCCACUUCAGUCUGGGACGACCCAACACAGAGAGGACCUGUGUGAGCCACUGUCCUCUGGGAUAUUUCGGGGACGUGGCGGCCCAUCGCUGCAGGCGUUGCCAUAGAGACUGUGAGCGGUGCUUGGGUCGGUCGGAGGCGGAGUGUACGUCCUGUAGAAGAGGCCUGUACAUGAACCCUCUGAGCUCCACCUGCGUCCACACCUGUCCCGACAGUCACUACGGCAACCAAGAGCAGCAGCGGUGUUUGGAGUGUGACGACAGCUGCAGACGAUGCUCACAGGACUCGGACAGAUGCACGGCCUGUAAACACGGACACAGUCUCGCGGGGAUGACCUGUGUUCCUGAAUGCUCUAAUGGGACGUUCUUUCACUUGGAGGAGAUGAGCUGCAGAGUCUGUCACUCGUCCUGUCAGACGUGCACAGGUCCUGGCAAACAGGAGUGUAUCCGUUGUGCUGAGGGCUUCCUGCAGCAGGAGUGGAGGUGUGUUCAGGCCUGUGCCCCUGGAUACUACUCUGGAGAGCCCUCUACUGGCAGGAACAGGAUGUGCCACAGGUGUGAGGAGAACUGUGUGAGCUGCAGUGGUCCUGGGACGGCUUGUCUCAGGUGUAAAGAUGGAUUCAGUCUGGUGAGCCGCACCUGCGUCAUCAACUCCUCCUGUAACAACGCCGACGAGAUCUUCUGUGAGAUGGUCAAGUCCAACCGUUUGUGCGAGAAGAAACUUUACCGUCAGUUCUGCUGCAAAACCUGCCUCAUGAACGGAUAGGUCAAAGGUCACACGCAGCUCGUCACCGUUAUCUGACCACGAACACGCGCC